AUGAUCUUGCAAACGGAACCGUUUGCUUCGGAGAGGCCAGAAUCUCACCCCCUGUCACCUGCCUCCUCACCUGAAAAUAUUUUUCUUUCGAGGGACUUCUCAGUUAUUUCUCUUGCAAAUCAGACCGCUCUGACAAGUGAUGCGAACAGUCUCCCCGCAGGCGUCGUUACCAGCCAAAAGGAAAAAGAGCAAUACAUUCUACCACGUCUGGAGAAAGUAGAAAAGCCCCGACUAAAUGGUCUCCUCCUAAGCGAGGAAGAGGAGGGAAAAGUCUUGUCCACAAGUCGUCAUCACCGAGUGAGCUGGAAUGGAAAGCGGCUGCAUACACCCUCCCCUCACAGUGCCCACAGUGAUCCUGCCAUGGCUACUGCGCGCCCAGCUGCCCCUCUCUAUCGAGGCCCCAGGCCAUCCCACGUCCCUUCAGCCAGAAAUCAGCAAUCGACCAAGCCGGCAACACUCUCCCAAGACAUAGCUAUUGAAGCAGUGAGGCCGGAUUGGCAGAGUUGGGAGUCUUUGGCAAUUAAUCUGCUGGGAGUGCCGAACCAAGCAAAUGCUUUCCUCAUCUGGAAAGCUUUCAAGUCUUAUGGGAAGAUAUUCUCGAUCGACUUCUACGAGGAUGACAGGGGAAAUCGCAAUGGAAGAGGGAAGGUGCGUUUUAAGCCUCCUCCUGCCGAGUCUUUCUGGGAAUCGAAAUCUAUCAUAUUAGAGCUGGCACCUGGGAAAUAUAUACCAAUUGGAGUUGUUCUACAUCCUCAGGAGAAAAAUCCAAAAGUCGGCAGCCUAACAAAGUCCAAAGUGUUAUAUCCAACAGAAAUUGAGAUACCGAUUCUAUUUCUGGAUUUUGGCUCAUUGAUAACACCAAAAACAAUGCUACGCCUAAGACGCCUAGAACGCGGCCAGUAUGACAAUCCAAAAUUGGUUCUCGAUCUUAGGAGGAGAGAACUACUGGUGUUCUUCCAAGUUGUGUUGGAUUCCAGCAAAAAAACGCCAGAAGACGUCCCAAUACCCUCCGAUUUCCGUAUCAAAAUUCCCUUUGCCCAACUACCAACCUUUUUUGAGACUCGCAACUACUCGGCCAAGUUACUAUCGCACAUAGUCAGUUUGGAAAGUCCUCCCCUGUAUCAUCGACACCUCCACUUCUUGGAAUCCAGCUUUAUGGAUGAUCAAGGCAACUAUGUCGGCGACCUAAAUAGUUGGAGAGAGAUGGAGUGCUGGUACCGCCAGACGGACAUUGUCCACCGGUAUGCAGGAUGGCCGAAACUUCCCAUCAGUUUGCGGAAAGUGAAUCCAAUCAUCAACAUUGGACGCUGGACUACUCUCCGCAUAACUUAUGAUCAGGACGUGGUAGACUCCAAACGUUUCGCAGUGCUGCGCGAUGUAUUGAGAGAUUUUAACGUUGAAAUCAAAAGGGACGACGAUUUCAAGGUUGAUGUGCCCAAAAUACAGCCUGUACCCGUGAUUUGGGAUAUCUGUGAUGAGCCAGAAGGCACACGAGCUGCAAUCGAUGAGCUCAUGGGCGACUCAUACAUUCUUCUUCCCUUUUCUGUCCGUUACCAGCUCGAAGUCUGUAUUUCAAAUGGAUUUCUCAACGAGUAUUCCGCUAAUAACGAGGCCUUCGUUCGAAAACUAAAGGAAACGGAUGAGAGAAAGGCUGUACGGCUAUUGGAACACGUCGCUACAGAAAAGAAGAUUUACUGGAACCCCAUGGACAUAUUCGGAAUACUAUUUCCCAAGGGCUCUAGCAAUAAGAAGAUCCCAUCAUAUUGCUGCAUGAUACGAGCCGCCACUGUAACGCCGUCGAUGGUCUACUGGGAUACGCCGUCAAUGGAAAUCACCAACCGUGUGAUUCGUCAGUAUUCGCAGUAUUCGGACCGGUUUCUUCGAGUGCGAUUCAAAGACGAAAAGCUUGAGGGACGAAUAAAUUCUACAGAUCACAAGAUGAUGGACGAAAUAUUCCUCCGAGUCAAGCGCACCAUGGCAAACGGAAUAAAACUUGGAGAUCGCAAGUAUGAGUUCCUUGCAUUUGGAAACUCGCAGUUCCGCGAGCAUGGUGCCUACUUCUUUGCCUCGGAUAAUCAUAUCACGGCCUCGCACAUUCGAGCUUGGAUGGGCGAGUUUUCGGAUAUCAGGAAUAUUGCCAAGUACGCAGCACGGCUUGGGCAGUGUUUCUCAACUACACGAGCCAUCAAUACUUGCCCGGUUCAACUAGAGCGAAUUCCUGAUGUGACCAAGGGAGAAUACAUGUUCUCGGAUGGCGUGGGUAGAAUGUCCAAUUUUCUAGCCCAGAUGACCCAGCGAGAACUGAAAAUCAAAACUCCAGACGGCGAGCCUCCUUCAGCCUUUCAGUUCCGCCUAGGUGGCUGCAAGGGUAUGUUAGUCCUUUCACCUCAGGCACGAGGGCGCGAAGUCCAUAUCCGCCCAAGUCAGGAAAAAUUCCCUGCUACCCAUCAAGGCUUGGAGAUCAUUCGCUGGUCUCAGUUUUCCAUGGCAACCCUGAAUCGUCAGAUCAUAUCCGUUCUGUCUUCCCUUGGGGUAUCGGAUGAAAUAUUUCACAAAAAGCUUCGCAAGAUGCUAUCUAGCCUAGAAGAGGCCACACAUGAUGACAAGUCGGCCAUGUCUCUGCUGCAAAAGUACAUUGAUCCCAACGAAAUGACCUUCACCAUUUCACAAAUGGUUUCUGACGGUUUCUUGGCUUCCAGCGAACCCUUUCUGACCUCGCUUCUUUCUUUGUGGAAAGCAUGGCAAAUCAAGUACCUCAAGGAAAAGGCAAAGAUAGUGAUUGAUGGCGGAGCUUGCGUCCUUGGUGUCAUGGAUGAGACAGCCACUUUGAAAGGAUUUCUGCAGAAGAAUGCAGACAAUUUGGCAACAUCAUACAAAGGCAUGAUGGAUGCAUUGCCGGAAAUAUUUAUCCAGGUCUAUCGAGCCGACGAGAAGAGAUACCGUGUCAUUGAGGGGGUUUGCUUACUGGCUCGCAACCCUUCUCUCCAUCCGGGUGAUAUACGGGUGGUACGAGCAGUCGAUAAGCCAGAACUCAGCGACCUCAAGGACGUCGUCGUUCUCCCGCAACUCGGUGAUAGAGACAUUGCCAGUAUGUGUUCUGGCGGGGACCUAGAUGGCGAUGACUAUCUGGUCAUCUGGGAUGAAGACUUGAUUCCUUACGACUGGUUCGGCAUGCCUAUGGACUAUACGCCGGUCAAAAGCAUCCAGCUAGACCGCCCAGUCACAGUAAACGACGUGACUUCUUUUUUCGUCAAUUACAUGAAGAAUGACUGUCUUCCCAGGAUCGCCCAUGCUCACCUAGCUUGGGCCGACCUACUACCUCUGGGGGUCAAUGAAAACAAGUGUAUCCGUCUAGCUCAGCUGCACUCGAACGCCGUCGAUUACAACAAGACAGGUAAACCGGCAGUGCUUCCACGAGACCUACGCCCACGCAAGUGGCCGCACUUUAUGGAAAAGAACUACAAACCCAAAGAUCAAAUAUACACGUCCAAAAAGAUCCUUGGGCAGCUCUAUGAUGCCGUGGACAGAGUUGAUUUCCAUCCAAAUUUCGAAAUGCCUUUCGACAAACGAAUUUUAGAAUCGGAAAUCAAAGUGAAGGACGAGUUGGUGGACUUUUCCAAGGAACUCAAGGUCAGCUAUGAUAUUGCAAUGCGACGGAUCAUGGCGCAACACGAAAUCCGUACCGAGUUUGAGGUAUGGUCUACAUUCGUGCUCGGCCAUUCGGGCCAGAGCAAAGACUACAAAUUCCAUGAGGAAAUUGGCCGCAUUUCAAAGGCGCUGCGAGACCGUUUCAAAGGCGAGUGUUACGAAAAAGUCGGUGGCCGCAAUUUUGAGCAUCUGGCGCCUCUUGUGGUUGCAAUGUACAAGGCCACAAGCGACGAGGUUUCUAAAGCUCUGGCUGAGUUCCGCCAAAGGAAUCCGAACCCAGCCUCAAAGCCAAAGAUUGAUACUUUUCCUAUGAUUGGCUUUGCUUGGCUGUUCCCCGAUAUUCUAGGGCGAAUUGCUCUUCGUUACUUUGAACUCGUGGAUACUGUGGGUGACAGUCAAGCCUCGAACCCUCCAGGAGUAAAGAAAGGUCAACUACAGGAAGACCCAUUGAAGGACGAUGGCUUGAUAGGGGAGGUUAAGGAAGCUGCCAGGGACGAAUCACCACCGAUCACGGGCGAUUUAAUUUCACUGGACGAUUUGCCAGAGAUUUUAGAGGAAGCCUCAUCGUCAAUCUCCGAAGAUGUCAACCUCGUGGAGAACGAAGCCGAUCAGAAGCCGAGCGCGAUGGAUAUCCUAGAGAAUAUGCUCGGUGAUUCUGAUGUGGACAGCCUACAACAAAAAGCACCAGGUUUCUCAUUCGGAUCUCCCAGCGAGGGGCUUUUUACCAUCAUGCCCUCUCAGCCGGCGCUCCCACCUCUCCUCACUCCAUAUCUCUCGCCCACUACACAAUCUCCUCAGUCUCUGACGUUAAUAACGACUGUUCUUGCAGCCACGUCGAAUUGGCUCGUUCUCCGGUAUUUGGUUUCCAUUUUGUCCAGUGCAGACAAAACACGCGACAGCCAUGGCGAUGGGGAUAAUAGUGGUGCAGAACCGACAACGAGGAAAAUCGUGCUGGUCAGUUUUCUGCGAAAUUGGGAUUUUUGGAGGGCGGAGGCGAAGAGAUUGGGACUGGAUUUGCAGAGAUUAGCAGACAGCGGGAGAGUCAGGUUCGUGGACGGUUUGACUGGGCUUUACAGCAGUCCUCCGACUACACAGAAGGAUAGCUCCGCGCCAGCCAGAGGGCUAAAUCUUGCUGGAGCUUCGAGAACGAUUCCCGGCCGAGGACCAGCUGGGAGAGCGCCGCUUGCGCCGCCUGCGCCGCCUGCGCCGCCUGCGCCGCCUGAUAGAGUACCUACGAAUUCGAGCACUACUGCCAGCAGUAACAACAGCUCUGCGCCGAAACAACUACAUGCAUCCGGCCAAGGGGGUGUCGCGUUGGAUGGUUUGGAAAAGGAUAUCCUUUCUGUCAUAUCCUCGAUAAGGGCAACCGACGGAGACGAUGAUACUCUUUUAAUUCUAGAUCAGCCAGACCUGGUUCUUGCGGCGACUCCAGGGAUCAGUGCUGUGGACAUGUCUGGGUGGAUUACAGGGCUACAACAGCACGUCCAAUCAACAGUAAUAACUGCAUCCGCCGACUCGCCUCUAGUUCACAACGCAUAUACAGCAGGGGAAGAGGGGGUAGCUACGCCGCUGGAAACACAGCACUCGGCAUUCGUUAUCGGAUUGGCACAUCAAGCACGACUGGUAAUGCAGUUGCGAACAUUAGACACAGGCGCGGCGAAAGAUGUUAGUGGGGUGCUUAGAAUAAGUAAGGGUGGUGGGUUCGAUGAGAUUGCAGAUGGCACGGUGGAGGAUAAAGAGGUUCUGUAUUUUGUGCAAAGAGAUGGUGGUGGGAGGGUGUUUGGGAGAGGGGAGGCGUAG